AUGGUGUCCACAACGAUUCAGGACCGGACGAACGAGUUCCGCGCUAUCCUCGCGCAGGCGCAGAAGCGACAAUCCGCCGCAAAAGGAGGCCCCCAGCGACAGUCGCUCCUCAAGACCGUCGAGAAACAAGAAGCACAUGGCGCAGUUACUGGCCCUACAAGAGGCGCGCGGUCAGAAUUCGCACGGAAUGCGGCGCAGAUAGGAAGGGGCAUCACUGCAACUAUGGGCAAAUUGGAGAGACUGGCACAACUUGCGAGGAGAAAAGCCGUCUUUGACGAUAGACCCGUCGAAAUCGCAGAGUUAACCCAUGUCAUCAAGCAAGAUUUGGCCGGCCUCAAUUCUCAGAUAUCUGCCCUCCAACAACUCACCCAGUCGCAACACCCGACCGCUUCUCAACCUCGAUCGGCGGACCAAGAAGGUCAGCACAACAAGAACGUGGUAAUGAUGUUACAAAGCAAAGUGACGGAUGUGGCCGUAAAUUUCAAGGAUGUACUGGAGGUGCGGACGAAGAACAUUCAAGCGUCACGGUCAAGAACCGAAAAUUUUGUCUCCUCGGUGUCAGCGCGGUCACAACCUCACCUAGACGACUCAAGGUCGCAAUCGCCUUUAUACCAGAGUGCUGCAAGCCGGCAGCGGACCCCGCAGGCAUCCACGAGUGACCUGCUCACGAUCGAACCUUCCAACACGUCCACGCUUAUGAAGAAUGCCCCCCAGUCAGACCACCAGUUAUUACUUAUGGAGGAAGCCCAGCCUGCGAAUACAUAUAUCCAGGAAAGAGGCCAAGCCAUCGAAGCCAUUGAAAGGACGAUAAAUGAAUUGGGAAGCAUUUUCGGUCAGCUCGCGAGUAUGGUCUCAGAACAGGGAGAGAUGCUGCAACGGAUAGAUGCAAACACCGAAGACGUGGUGGAUAAUGUACAAGGGGCACAGCGAGAAUUGUUGAAAUAUUGGAACCGUGUACAAGGAAACCGAUGGCUGGUGGCUAAGAUGUUCGGCGUCCUCAUGGUGAGUUAUGACUUCCCGCGUGCUACACUUCCCAACAGCUGA